UGCAGUGACGGGUGAGAGUUGGAAGUUGAGAGGUCGUAGUAUGAGGUAAAAAGGUAGCUAGCUGGUGCUGCGACAGCUGCAAAGCUUGCAUCCAUCUCGCGCUGUUAACUUUCAUAAAUGCAAGUUUUAUAACCAAUAAUAAUAGUUUUGCUUCUACUUAGCAUGUGUUUACUACAACCAGGCGUCAGAAAAAUAGUUUUCGCUUCAGCAACUGGUUUUAUGCUUGCUAACGCUAGCUAUCUAGCUGGCUAGUAUGUCGCAACCAAGUUGUUGACAUUUCUUCUGGCCGCACCCGACUGGUGCUCAUUGUAGCGAAUUUGGUGUGAAGAACAUUCAGGUAUGGCGGUGUCUGUGCGUGGGCUGUACUUUGUGGUGACCCUGUUUCUGGGCAGUUUCUUUGGCAGCAUCUUCAUGCUGGGCCCUGUGCUACCUCUAAUGCUGGUGUCACCCUCCUGGUACCGCUGGAUCACAGACCGUAUUGUGGCCACCUGGCUCACCCUGCCCGUGGCCCUGCUGGAGCUGGUGUUUGGGGUGAAGGUGGUGAUCACGGGUGAUGGCUUCAUCCCAGGGGAGCGCAGUGUGAUCAUCAUGAACCACCGGACGCGUCUCGACUGGAUGUUCCUGUGGUGUUGCCUGCUGAGGUACAGCUACCUGCGACUGGAGAAAAUCUGCCUCAAGGCCGCCCUCAAAGUUGUGCCAGGCUUCGGCUGGGCCAUGCAGGUGGCCUGCUUCAUCUUCAUCAAGCGUCGGUGGGAGGAGGACCGCAGCCACAUGGAGAACAUGCUAGAGUACUUCUGUGACAUCAGAGAGCCCCUGCAGCUCCUCCUCUUCCCUGAGGGCACUGACCUCACCGACUACACUAGAGCAAGAAGUGAUGACUUUGCGGAAAAGAACGGCCUGCCUAAGUUUGAGUAUGUGCUGCACCCCCGCACCACUGGAUUCACCUUCAUCGUGGACACUCUCCGCAAAGGAGACAACCUGGAUGCCGUCCAUGACAUCACCGUGGCCUACCCCAAGAACAUCCCUCAGACGGAGCGCCACCUGAUCCUGGGGCAGUUCCCCCGGGAGAUCCACUUCCAUGUGCGCCGCUACGAGGCCUCCGCCCUGCCCACAUCCCCUUCCGCCCUGCAGGCCUGGACUCAGGAGCGCUGGGCAGAGAAGGAGGUACGCCUGAGGGACUUCUACGCCGCUGAGCCCCGGGGAUUCGACAGGGAGGGCAUGUGCCGCGUGCCCCCUUGUAAGACGGAGCUCCGCGUGGCUCUGAUCAAGGCAGCAUCUCUGUUCUACUGGAGCUCUUUCAUAGCCUUGUCCUUCGCAGGCCUCUGGCUCUGGGCCCCGCUCCGUCUGUACUUCUUAGUGAUGAUGGGCGUCUACUUCGGCCAGCAGAAGCUGAUAGGAGGGCUAGAACUACUGGAGCUGGCCUGUCAUCGCUACUGGAAGUCUGUGACUAGGGACGAGAAGGAAAAGAUGGUGGACGGGAAGAAGGAGUGAUGAGGAAGGGACGGCAGGAGGCUAACGUUUCUGCAGUGUUCAGUGGGGAUGCUAGGCCUGAGUCCACAGUUGGGCUUGGAGCAUAUGCUGGAGGGUCAUGGGCAAUCUCCCUCGCUUCACAGGGAGUAAAGGGUGAACCGGCAGGCAAUGUGCAUGGCUUCUAGGGUGAGCUAACCUCAGGGCUGAGGAUGCAGAAAAAAAACACAGGAAAGAAUGAAUGUUGUUCUUCUUGCUGGCUUGCUGGAGUCAUAGUAGCUCAUCACAGCCAUUAUGCUGUAAAACCUUCAUGUGUCUGACUGUCUAGCACCUUUGCUGUCUACAAUUAAGAGGACUAUCAUUGGUCAUCCUUUUUGUUCUUAUGUUUAUAUUUCGUAUCGUGCUAGAACCAGUGUCCAUACAUGUGUAUGGGUUUCAUAUACAGAAUAUAAUGUCUUAGCCAUGUGUUUUAAAUUGAUUUUAUUAUUGUUUUGCGUGUUUCCUUGGUUAUGUAUUUAUUUAUUUUAAGUGAUGGAACAGAGCCAUAUACAUAGCACUCAUACAUUAGAUGUGUGUAUGCUGUGAUUAUUUUAGUCCAUAUUUUAACCGUUAUUGUUCUGUGUUUAGCCAAUGUAGGUUAUCCGUUAGUCUAGCCAAAUGAAUCACUGUUUUCCGCAAGCAAUCAUUAGCCAACAAAAAAUGAUUACCGGUAGAAAUGAAUGUUAUCUGUCCAAGCGAUGAGUCAGUUAUACACUUAGUGUAGAAUGGUUUACUGGCGUUGAAUCUGAACACUCUUAAGACAUUAAGGUCACUGUCAUGCCAUUUACAUUAAAGGUGCAAUAUGCAGAAAUUGCUUUGCCAUUCCCUGGUU